CCAUGAGUACGGGCAGUACCUAUCACGACUUGGACAAGCCGAUCAGGAGUCAGGUACUCCAUGAUGUUGUAGGAUUUGUCCUUUUGUAACGCAAAACAUCCUUGCAAAUCUCCUCGGUAAGGAGCGGAUCGGGAGAUUUACGAGGGAAGGCAUUCCACCUGUUCGGGAUCAAACCGUCCGAGAUGGAAACAAAGAAAAAACCGGUCUUUCCACCCCUUGAUAGAAGUUAGAUUUCCCUUGAACAAUAUGUGUCUCGUUCGGGCACUUGCGGCCAAGUACCGAUAUGUUUGUUGGGGAGCCACUUUGAAAAAUUGAUGGAACAGAUCCAAGCUUGGCGUGACCUUGGCGUCCACACAACGGCAUAUGAAGCCGACCAUCACCCGAUAGGAAUUCAGCAUGAUUUGGGCCGGUACAACUGUGAAACAAAUUUUAAGUAUUUACUUAAAAUUGAUCGCAAAUAAUAAUAUAUGAAAAUAUUGGGUACAAUCUCUAAAUAUGAAUCCUCUGAUUCUUCAUUUGCAAUUUGAAAUAAAUAUAAUUAAAGAAUUUAAUUAAAAAUUAAUUGUUUAAUCUUUCAAACAUUCGAACGUUCUUCAGAUCUUCAAAUCUUCGUUCUUGAGAUCUUCGAAUCUUCGAAUCUUCAUUCGUUGGGUCUUCAAAUCUUCUUGAAUGAAAAAUUCAACUUGAAGGGCCUCCGGUUUUCAAGUGGCUUGAUCUUCAACAAAAAGGCCAUUUUAUGGCCUGGUCUUUUGUUUAAGGGCCUCCCGGGAUAUAUGACUUGAUCUUCAAAUCUUCAAAGAUUCGUUCUUCAUAUCUUCAAAUCUUCAAAGUCUUGUUCUUCAGAUCUUCGAAUCUUCAAGCUUCGUUCUUCAGAUCUUCGAACGCUCUUCAACUUUUGGAUUUAUUUUAUUAAGAAUUGACGAAAUCACAAAGGAUUAUUUGUAUAUUCUUAACAAAAUUCGUGACUUGAUCUAUUCCUCUUCUUCGGAAUCGUUUAGAGCAUUUCGAGAGUUCUUGAGAGCUUUUCUGCAACGUUUCUUCGUCUGAAAAUUCUCUCUCCCUUCCUGUCAACUGAGACCUCUAUUUAUAGGUUGAGGGAGUGAAAAUAUGCUUUAGGAUUUGGAAAUUCGUCCAUACCCCUUGGGCCCUGAUUCAAAUGGACUUUAGGCUCUAUUUGCUCGCAUUUUAAUAGCUAGAAAAAUCAGCACUUGUUCGAUGUAUCUGGAUAGCUUUUUUAACAAGGUUCGGAGCUAUUUUCCAUGCACACAGAUGAAUUUCUUAGCCAGAUUCAUUGUCAUUUUCAUAAGUUGGAUCAUGGCUCUUAUAUAUUGAGCCAAUAUUUGAUAAUGGGCUCAGAAAUUAAUAGGACUGUUCAUUCUUUUAAAGAUUUAAUUUCUAAUUAAAUUAAUUGGAUAUCUUAAAUGACCCAAAUAAUUUAAUCAUAAAAUUUUAUCUCAACAGAUUCGUAUUUUCUUUUUGAACGGUCCAAUAGAAUCCGACGUUGGUCUAAUAUCAUUCAGAAGAGGCCCAUGAUAAUCAUAAUUCAUAACCAGCCUAAGAAUUUUUACAUGUUCACAAAGGCCCCCUCAGAUUUGCUUGGAUGUACCAAUUUUACUGCACCAAAGCGAGUCUCGAAAAUUGAUGAUAUUGAUCCAUCAAUAUUAACCCAACUUUCAGCAAAUCUCCGCUUGUAAUGGGCUCAAUUGAUCACUUAUGGAGUCUCCAAGUGUGAUUGCGAGUCCAAAUCAGUGGCGGACCUCAUGCUGUUCAAGGGUGUUCAUGUGAACACCCAAGGCAUUUCAAUUUUUUUAUAAAAAAAAUUAGAUAUCUACCAGCGUUUUGAUGAAAAUUAGAUUUCGGUCAAGACUUGAAGCCACUCCUCUCCACCUAUGGCUUCUGUAAUCCUCAAAUCCUCGAUCGUCUUGAAUCCUGUCCUCCACCUCGCGUUUCACGAGUUCCAGUCGCCGUCGUUCUGUGCCUUUGUUGCCGGCUCGCCCUCUCAGACGCAGUGUUCCGGAGUCCAAACUUGCGGCCGGCACUAUGUUCUCCACUCUGUACUUCUGUAGUUGUCGGCCACACUACAUAUGUACGUCGUCUCUCAUCUAUCUUUGUUUAUUAAGAGCUGAAUUGAUUUAUAGGUUCGUGAUUUGGGUCAUAUUGGGGUAUAUACAAUCUACUGUGAGUUUUUCCCAAUUUGAUAUUUUGGAAGAAAGUAGGACAUUCUUUACUUGGUAUAAAAACUAAUGGGAGUAAAGCUUUUUUAAUACGGAGUACUACGUAUUUAUCUAUUUUUAUCAUUGAUCCGAUUUGUGAGUGGGGUUCUUAAUCUUAACUGAUAUUUCAUAUUUUGAUAUUUGGCGAUUGCCAGUUGGAUUUAUUGUUUCACUUGUAUUUAUAAUGGGUUGAUGAUUCAGUUGCAUGGUUUGUAUUGGAUAAAUUUUUGUUAUUAGGAAAUAUUUGUUGAGGAAAAUCAUUAGUAAUUUAUGAAAUUAAAUUAGUAAUGAGUAUGAGAACAAUUUACAUACACUGUUUUGGAAAACCUAUAUUAAAGGAGAUUAGGAUUGAAACAAAUUGUUGAACUAUUACAUUACACAAAAUUAUUGUGAUCAUUUCUAUUUUUUAUUUGGUUUUGAACACCCAAAAGAUAAAGGCUGGAUCCGCCACCGGUCCAAAUAUAUGUAUCAGCAUUACUCCAAAUACUCCGUACUAGAAUAUACUCCGAGUGUUCAAUCAGGAAUCAAACUUUAUUCCAAAUCUUUUCAUGCACGUCUCUUUAACCUCCAAAUCACAAUGGAACUCUAAUGCUCUCAACUCCUAUAAAUUAAACCCACUAGGAACAUGCUUUUUGCAUUUACGUAAAUAUCAGCUUCGAUCACCAAGAGUUUUUCCAAACCUCUCAGAAGGAGAUAACAACAUGUAUGCCUUCCUUCAUAUCAUCCUUCUCUAUUUUUUUUUUGUUUUAUUCUGCUGCAGGGAGGUCGAGUGAUUUUUUUUAAGAUAUCCAUUUUCAAGCAAGUCAACAAGUGAAUAAGGCAUCAAAGCAUCAAACUCAAUCAGAACUUUAGAAGAAUUGUUUUAUUCAAGGCGAUCUGGACGGGCUGCUACUCAAACUUAGCAAAAGAGUAUGGCAACAACCGCAGUCAAAACCACAAAUCUGAAAGUUUUUCAAAUAUUAUAGAGAGCCUACUGGAGUAGCCGAGUAGCAACCAGUGGAAGACUAGGCCAGAGUGGCAAAAUUGUUCAUGGAUUUCUUUGCUGCCGAUGUCGUUAUUACCGCUGCCGGUUGGUAUUUGAGAGAUUAAUCUGCCGGAAUCGUUGCUUCUGGUCGUUCGCUGGAGAAAGAAAUUGAUGUUCAAAGCUUUGGGGGUUCAUCUCUGUCGUUGCUGUGAAAAGCCAGAGGUUGCAGAUAGCGUUCAAAAUCCCAGAUGCAGAAGAAGCUUGAUGGUUAUGACGUUGAGGCUGAUUUUUGUUGCCACCGCUGUUUGUUGGAUCGAGAUGAUGCCACUAGUGUUAUUUCCGUUUCAAAUUGAUACUGGAAUCCGAAAUGGUCCAUCCAAGAGCUGAUUUUGUUGUUGGCGCUGUCACUGUCGAAGAAAGGAGACCAUGUUGGGUUGCUGGUGUCGCUCGCCAAAAUUUGUUGGAUAUGAGGACCCAUUGGAGUAUCUAGUGCCACGAGGAUACGGAAGACCGGCUACUUUGCCGGUGUGAAGACCAGCCAUUUCGUCGGUUUGAAGACCCGCUAUUUUGUGGGUGUGAUGACCGGCCACUUCGUCGAUGUGAAGACCCGCUAUUUUGUGGGUGUGAAGACCGACCACUUCGUCGGUUUGAAGACUGGCUAUUUUGUCGGUGUGAAGACCGGCCACUUCGUCGGUGUGAAGCCUCGCUAUUUUGUGGGUAUGAAGACCGGCCACUUCGUCGGUGUGAAGACCCGCUAUUUCGUGGGUGUGAAGACCGGCCACUUCGUCGGUUUGAAGACCCGCUUUUUUGUGAGUGGAAAAUUUCUCAGAUCCGUUGCCAUCAUUGAGGGAAUCCAAAAUUUGACGAGCUGGCUAAUUGAUAUCUCUGUGGGUUGUUCUCUGUCUCGAUUUCUUUUAGGAGAGAAGAAAACAUAUCGUCCCAUUAUGCAUAAGAUGAAGGAGUCAUCCUAAGCUUAAGAGAGGGUACUGUUUCUGCGUGUGUAUUGCGAAGGAGACCAAGACCAUUUUUUUUGUCGUAGCAAGCCGGCGACGAGAGACUGGGAAAUAAUUGCCCGUUUUUUAUGUUGGUUUAGGAGAAAUCAAGGAUAUUGACUUAAUUUGUCCUCUGUCAUGCUUAUUUGAGAGCACACCAACUCUUCCUCCGUAUUUGUUUAUUUAUUAAUUUUGAAAUAUUGGUGUGAGCCUUUAUUUAUAAAUUUUGGAUCAAUCCCAAGGCUUUAGGAUGCUUGAGAGUAGCUUAAAGACCUGAUUCGAGAGUCAAUAAAUUCCUCAUUUUUUUAUUUGCCCCUUUCUAACUUUAUUUUUGCAUUUUUUUGCAGUACAAAAUGGUGUUCCUCAAAGAUAUAAAGCAUGAAGGUCAACGAUUUCUCUCUAUUUCAACGGGCAAUACUAAUGGUAACGAGAUCCAUUUGGAGAUUUGCAAACCCUUUGCUCGUGGUUUCUGUCCUGCGACUGUUGUGUCAUAUCGUAUUACUGACUGGACUCCCGAGUGCGAGUAUCAAGAUCAAACUCCGCAGACUCUAAUAUCUGUUUAACAUAUUAGAGUCUUUCUCACCGAAAAUCUAUUUUUUGGUGGUGAAUUUAGAUUUAUCACCGGUUACUGGGAGUGGGCGGAAGAUGUUUUGGGCAUGAGUAAAAAUGUUCUAACGAAAGGGCUUAUUUAUGAUGUUGUUUAUGCCUCAUUGUUUACGUAUGAUCGGUGUACGAAUGUUAUGCAAGCCUUUUGUGAAGCGUGGUGCCCUACGGUGAAUACAUUACUUACGUCAAUUGGUGAAUUGACGAUCACGCUUUGGGACUUGCACGUUAUUGGGGGAUUACCAAUAAUAGGAGAUGCAUACGACGAAUCUAUUCCGAGCGCCUCUGAGAUGUUGAAGGGGAAUGCCGACCGCCCUUUUCAGCUUUGCAAUACUUAUUUGGCGCAUACCAUCAUCUUUUUCCAAAGACGGGAGACAAGCGUUUGUUACGUGUUCAUGUAUGGGUCAAAUUCUGGUUUAAGAAAGCCUCAAAGUACACUAUGCCUCCAUCGAGAACAGAGAAGAAAAGAACAUCUCGUGCUAAAGCAACACAUAACCCAAGCGGAGCGAUUCCAAAGUUUAACGGGUGGUCGAAUUCUAUGAAGGUGCCAUUCCACGUACCCAAGAUUCCUGCUGAAGAUUGAUACGGUUACGGAAUACUUGAAUGCAUGGAAUACUAAGUCCCUAUCCUAUGCGGGGAAAGUUGAGUUGAUAAAGUCGGUUAUACAAGGAGUGCAAUCCUUUUGGCUAGGCAUAUUCCCGGUCUCUAAAACUAUAUUAGAUAGAAUUGUUAGCCUUUGUAGAAUCUUCCUUGGGGGGGGGGGGGGGAGCACGCAAAAGUGGCAUGGGAGGAUGUAUGCCUACCAAAAGAAGAAGGGGGGUUAGGUAUUAGAGACACAAAAGUUUGGAAUAAUGCAUUAAUAUCCCGUAUUUUAUGGAAUAUCCAUUCCAAACAAGAUUCCCUUUGGGUAAGAUGGGUCCAUGGUGUCUAUCUCCACGGAAAUUGUGUGUGGACUUUCGUUCCACACAAUAGAGACUCCCAAUUGAUGAAGAGAUUGGCCCAAAUCCGAGACCUAAUUGUGUCCAAAUUCUCAUCUAUACCCGAGACAAUCACGCAACUUGGUAAGAUGGCCUACAAUGGUAAGUUGUGUUCCUCAAAGGUAUAUGAUCUUCUUAGACUUAAAGCUACACCACAUGCGUGGAUGUCUUUUAUAUGGAAAACCUAUAUCCCUCCCAAAUUCUCAUUUAUUAUGUGGCUUGCAUACCGAAAUAGGUUGCCAACGUAUGACAACUUGGUAUAUCUUAAUGUUGCUAAUAUUUGUCCAUUUUGUAAGGGUGAACCGGAGACGGUACCACACCUAUUCUUUGAGUGUUCAUGUACAGGGCAGCUUUGGAGAAACGUUAAGGACUGGCUCGGUAUAUCAAGGCAAAUGACGUCCCUUAGAAGUGCUAUAAAGUGGAUGCAAAGAGAGUGCAAAGGGGUGCACAUUCGAGCAAAGGCAACACGAAUAGCGUUUAGCUAUACAAUAUAUUGGAUAUGGCGAACUCGAAAUGCAAUCCGUUUUGAUGGAGCAACUUUAAAAUUGGAAGAUAUGCUUGCAAAAAUUAAGUUUAUGAUGUACAAAGUGCUCUACUCUCUAUAUCCAUACCAUAUGAUUACCUUUUGAACUUGACACAUUUUUUAUCACGGCCUGAUGGCUGCUUGUUUUGCUGCAUAUGUUUUUGGCUUUAGAAGUUAUGCUUAGAUAGCAUUUGAUGUUAUAGGGUAUCCAUACUUGGAUAUGCCUCUAUUUUUGUCCACAUGAUGUACAUAAACUAUGGUUACCUUAAUAUAUAUUUACAUUCCAC